CAAGUUUGGCGCUAAAAAAGCUCUUCUUCCCCAGCUCUUGUCCUCUUGUAUGGAGAGCCGGAGCUCUGAGCUGGACGGACAGGAGUCACACAACGGGUCGGAUUCUGCAUCAGAAAAAAAGGGGGUCAAUACAAGAAGCUGUAAAUCUCAAGCUGGAGCCGGAUCUCACUGAGACCUGGAAGUACUGGACUUUUGUUUGUUUUUUAAAUACUGAAUGUUUGAUAUUAUUUAUUUAAAGCAGCAGUUCCUUUUCAUAUCUUCCGAGGCUAGUUUCCUCUGCGGGUUGUUACCGGACAAAGGGACAACAACACCGAGCAGUCCGCCGCAUUUACCGGGUCAAAUCAUAAGAAAGCAAACGUAUUUAACUUAUUUAACUCAUGCAGUUUGCUUUAAACAGGCUGAUCUUGGCUGUGUGUUGUGUCGCUCCUAUAUUUUGCGCUGAGAAAUCCAUUUUUCAGAGCAGCAGCAGCAGCCGCUCGCUAGGAAACAGACCCGGCAGAGCAUAUUGGAAGCGCUGAGCCCACUUCUCCCUCCCGCUUGACCAAUCCGGUUAAAUUUAGUUUACUCAGGGAAAAAUGAUGCGGAUGCCCAAAGGCGUCUCUCCGGCGUCGGGUCGGCCAGCAGCCGGUCUGCCUCCGUGCUCUCAGCAGAAGAUGAAGGUUCUGUCCGUCGGGGGAGGAGUGAAGACCGAGUUCUUCAGCAGCGGACUGUCCAGCCCGCUCAUGAACACGGUACCGGCCGGAUAUUUCACCCAGAUCUGCAACACCACCGCGGCCGAACAAAGAGCCAACAGCCUGUACUCAACCCCCCACGGACCAGAGGCUAAACCCAUCAGAUCAUCCUCCGGGAGGCUGCCGGCUAAAAGGAAGCUGGAUCUAGAGGACCCUCUAUACCUGCCAGAGUUCCGCACACCGAAAGGCAAAUGUAGCAUCGCGGCCAGGAUACCAAGUCCAAGGACUCCCAAGUCUCCAGGCGAGCGGACGCGCUACGACACGUCCUUGGGCCUGCUGACGAAGAAAUUUGUGGGCUUGAUCGCCGAGUCCCCCGAUGGUGUUCUUGACCUGAACUGGGCCACCGAGGUCCUAGAGGUCCAGAAGAGACGGAUCUAUGACAUCACCAACGUCCUGGAGGGAGUCCAGCUCAUCCGAAAGAAGUCCAAGAACAACAUCCAAUGGCUGGUUGGAGAUGUAUUUGAAGGCGGUGCUGGCGGAGGGGAGAAGGCCUGCACCCUGAGGAAAGAGCUCGGAGACCUGGAGAAAGUGGAGCGAUCUCUGGAUGAACUGAUCCACUCCAGCACCGCGCAGCUCAAACAGCUCACGGAACAUGAAGAUAAUCAAAGGCUGGGCUAUGUGACGUAUCAGGACAUCCGCUCCAUCGGCAGCCUCAGAGACCAGACAGUCAUCGCUGUCAAGGCCCCUGCUGACACCCAGCUGGAGGUGCCAGACACAGCAGGGCAGAGCUCAUUACAGAUCUAUUUAAAGAGUAAGAAUGGCCCCAUCGAAGUCUACCUGUGUCCGGAGGAGGGCCUUGAAGAUGCUAGCCCGGUCAAAAGUGCCGUCACCCCGAAAAAAGAGUUCCCUCAGCCCCUCGGGCCUCCAACGACGACCCCAACGGUGCCGCCAAGCUACAGCAUCAAAGAGGAACCUGUUGAAACCAACAUGUCGACAGCGGCGCCGGCCUCCACCUCCUCCCUGCUUGACGUCGAGGGUCUGCUGGGUCUGCCCCCCAGCCUGCUCCAGAUCACCGAGGACCAGCUUCCUUGCACAUCUUUCGCCCCAGACCCCAACACCCCGUUUGUCAGUUUCUCUCCACCUCUGGACCAUGACGAUUACCUGUGGAGCCUGGAGGACAGCGAGGGGGUGUCAGAUUUCUUCGACACAUACGAUCUGGGAGAUCUGUUGAAGAGCUGAGGUUUAGAUGACAGUGCGGGGAGGGGAUCGUAGGGAGAAUUAGGGGUGGGAUAUUUAACAGAAUGCCUUCUCGAGGAAAUUUUACACUAUGAAGCCAUCAAUCUUUGUUAUUGCCAUGCCUGUUUCGAAGGAGGAGUUAUUCCCCCUUUGUUCAUUUUGAUCGAGCGAGAAUGAUUUGUACAUAUGAUUGUAAAAAAUCGGAUCAGACUGGGAGGUCGGGCGAUGCUGCGAUCGACACUAAUGUAUGUCAUCUCCAAACAUGUGGAAACACUGUUAUAAAGAAAGGAUUGUUUGAUUUUUCUGUCACAUUUUCAGAUCCAAACUUGUACAAAAGCAGCAGUUCAUAUGUAUAGCACACCACCAGCAGCUUCAAUUCUGAUGCAAUCUGGCCAUCAGGCAGUGUUUACAGUGUGACAACUCAGGAAUUAGUUUUCUUUCUUCCUUGUUUCCAAAGUCUAAAUGUUUGUGCCACUCUUUGGCCCAUAGGGGGCAGCCUUGUAUUAUGUCAGCUUUAACUGCCAUGCAGCUCUACAGGAUUCAAUCACUGGAGGAGAGAAGGGCUAAAGAACCAUAUGCAGGGAGUCCAAGUCCUUCAACACUGACCAAAUUAACUGUGAAUAACUGGUCCUACAGCUUGAACAUACUGUAUUGGUGAAAUCUUGCUUUCUGUCUUUGCUCUCUCCUGCCUUAAGCUUUAUGUCAGGCCUUUUACCUUUUUGGUGUCGCGUCCCGUGCCAAAAUGUGAAAGGCAGCCUCUUAUGACUGAUACUGGACCCGGAGUGGGUCACACUCACUCCUGUUGGUUUGGCAGCUUUAUUUCGAAUCCAGGUGCUCCUCUAUUGAUGUGAGUUUGCUGAUUUUAAGAGACAUUGUUUUGGUUUAGUAAUGUGAAACUACUAUUGUAUUUCUAAGGAAAUAACCCAACAAAUAAAUUAAAUGCAGCCUCUGUGUCGCAGGGGGUUAAUUGAUGUAAUUAGACUAGUGGUUUUUUUUUUCUCCCUCUUGUCCCAUAAUGAAUGAAAUCUGCUGAGCAACAGAAACGAUGAGAUCAUUUUUGAAGCCCGUGAAGUCUUUCACCACGCAACGAGGUGGUGCAGCUGCGACUUUUUAUGAAUUUCAUGCUGAUGUAUUUUUUUUGGCUUUCCCUCUAUGUUGCAGAGAUAAGCUAACUGUCCUGUCCUAACGAAACUUGAAAAAUGUGCGUGCCUGUGUGUGUAUUUGACAGCUUGGGAAAACGGGUGGUGUUGUGAUGUGUUUGUGUGUUGUGAGUUUUUACAAUGUAGAUUAUAGAAUUUAAAUUCAGAUUUUUUUUUUUAGAUUUUUCAAUGAGCAUUAUUUUUCUGGUAUUUGUACAUAAUUUUUUGUUUCUGUAUUUAUACCUGUUUUUUCUGAAUUGUUUGAAAAGUUCAUACUGGCCUUUGGUUUCCGGAAAGGCGUGACUGUUUUUCGUAUGACAUGCAGCACUUAAUAUUCUGUAAUAUUGCGUGAACUGUUUGAAAUUUUUGAAUAAAUACUGAAGCCAUGCUUUACACUCGGAA